CCGGCCUCUUUGUUUAAUUGGAGAUCUCAUUAAUUGAUUUACAAUUUCUUUGUUGUAUCCAGAUGCGGAUAAUUGAUCGCAAUUGCGAAAUUCCUCAUGAAGGACCUUUCUGUGAUCUGAUGUGGAGUGACCCGGAAGAGAUAGAGACAUGGGGUGUUAGUCCCCGUGGAGCAGGUUGGCUUUUUGGCUCACGGGUGACAACAGAGUUCAACCAUGUUAACAAUCUUGAGUUAGUUUGCCGGGCUCAUCAACUAGUCCAGGAAGGCCUAAAAUACAUGUUCCAAGACAAGGGUCUUGUAACUGUGUGGUCUGCACCUAAUUAUUGUUACAGAUGUGGCAACGUUGCUUCUAUACUGAGCUUCGGCGAAAAUAUGGAAAGAGAGGUCAAGUUCUUCACGGAGACCGACGAGAACAACCAAAUGCGAGGGCCUAGGACCUCAGUCCCAUAUUUUCUUUGACCUCUUUUGUACAUUGUGUUUUGUGGUUUCUAUUUUUUGGGGGCUAAAGAUCAAUCCAAUAGGUGUGUUCAUUGUUGUAGCUUCAGCUCAUAGUGCAGUCUGAUUAUCUGAUGCAAUUGAUGUUACAGGUUAAUUUAACCCGCUGUAAGAUAGAUUAUUGCGUGUGUAGCUGCCA